AUGACCCAAGCGCCCUCCUCACAACGCCGUCACUGGCUCACACGGACCCUGGUCCCACUCGCCCUCCUCAUCGCCUCCGCCAACGCCAAAUGCAUCCCCCUUACUGGCUCCACAGCCUGCCCCCAAUUCGCCAGUCUUCAGGUCGACACCACCGCCGCCGCCACUCAAACCGGCCAGGACAUGGGCUUUACCAUUGCCAACUUUGACGACCUUGCCCAGUUCGACAAGGCGAUCCAAGCAUCGACCGGCUGGUAUACCUCCCCUAUAUCUUGCCCGGGCUACAACAAGACUGAACACAUCCGCUACCAAAACACCGUCGCCUGUGCCCUAAUGACCCAGGAUGUAGCCUCAGUUGCUUGCUCCUCGACCGCUACUGCCUUGAGCAUGUGCAGAACCACCUGUACCGAGUAUGCGACUUCGUUGAUGCAGAUGGUCACUAAGUCCUGCUCCAGUGAUCCUGAGUCGAACAGGAUGGCAAUCGAACUGCAGAAUAAAGUUUGCGCGGCAGGCAACUCCUACCCAGGCUUGUCCAGUGCCGAUGCCGCUACCUGUGUCAACGGAUCGAAUAACGAGGAUGUAACCUGUGGAUUCGUGAACCAGCAAGCCAUGUGCACCUUCUGCGGCAACGCAACCAACGCAGCCGACACCUGCUGCAUUAAAAACUCUGGCCUCUGUAAGCCCGUCACCACCACUACGACCACUGUCAUCACCACCAUCGGCAACACCCCACCAGCCUCCACGCCCACCACCCCCAUCGCCAACCAGGACGAUGGAGACAAGAAGGAUGGAGUCAUUGCUGGAUUGUCGACGGCUGCGUUGGGAGGUAUCAUUGGAGGAGGCGUGGUCUUGAUCCUCUUGUUCUUUGCCUUCAUUGUCUGCUGCAUGCGUCGCAACCGCAGCAACAACGGAAAGGGCGGAAACAAGGUGCAUGGUCAUGGAGGCAACGCCGGAGCCAACAACCUCUCCCGCCACAUGUCCAACUCAAGUGCGUCCAAGUAUAAGAUCUCGUCGCCUAAAUUGCAAGAGGAGGGUUUCAGCACUGGUCAGGUCCCCUCGGCCCCCAUUCCCAUGACUGCCUUGCCCUCGCUCAACGUCCAAUCUGUCGCUGCUGCUGCCGUUGCUGGUGGCGCUGCUGCUAACAGGAUCUCUAAGGCUAGCUCUAUCGGAGGCGCAUCAGCAGCAGGAGGAGCAGAAGGAAAGCAGUACUGUCAGGCGUUGUACCCUUACCAGGCAUCAAUGGCUGAUGAAUUGGACCUCUCUCCUGGCGAUAUUGUCAACGUCCACAAGGUCUUUGAUGACGGCUGGGCAGUCGGAGUCAAUAUGAACACCUCCAAUGAAGGAGCCUUCCCUGUCGUUUGUGUCAUGUUUGUGGACGAGGCGGCACUUCAUGACGACUUUGAGGACGUCAACAUGCACUCGAUGACGCCUAUGGGCCUCCGCGAGGACGAUAACGGACGCUCGGGAUCCCCUCGCUCUUCCUUGCCCUCUAGAGCCUCCAGCCCUGUUCAUCUGCCUAGACGUCAGUCUUCGAUGAUCCGGGAUUCGGUCGUCAUCCCUGGUUUGAGCAAUGGCGGACGCUCUUCUCCUUUGGCUGGAUCUCCGCUGGCCGGAGGUAACCAUCCUGGAAGCAAACUGCAGCCCCCUGUUCGUGAUACCAUGAUGAGCGACGCCAGCUCUAUCAACCGCUGGUGGGAUGGCGAGGGCAAGUAA